ACUUCACGAAUGCUUUUUAGCAAUUGCCAUUUGGUGCAUGAGAGAGUUCGAUGCAGCUGCCCUCAUCUGUGGUCAAUUCGUUUGACUAAAAUCCUUCGAGGCUGUGUCUCAGCAUAACCCCAUCCAGUGACUAAAAAAAAAAAAACGAGACGAAAAGAAAAACUAUGCAAAGCAGGGGUUUUAAUAAACUGUAGCUGUGCCUAUUGACUGUGAUCCCAAGAUAAAGAAAUGACUUUUCACCAAAUAGUAACCACUUGCAGGGGAAACAACUCUGCCUUGCUCUUGCUUGUUUAAUAUGAAAAAAAAACAGGAAGUUGCUAAGAGACAGAAAAUGGCUACUUUAAGGAAACAUGAGCAAAGUCAGUCUUUACACCAGACAGCAGCACGGCAAAAGAAGAAGGCUGUGAAAUCUGUUUUGAUAACCCCUUUCAAGACACUUUGGUAGGUCAACACUCCUUGCACUCUCCAACUAAUUUAUGCCUAAAAUUCCAGUUGAAGAUCAACAGAAGAUUCUAGACGAUCUGAAGAGCAUUCUUCUGCCAGUAUACCACGAGAAGAAGGAAACGAACCUGAAAUCCAAGCAGACAGACAUGAAAAACAUUGCUAAAAGGAAGGCCAUGCAAACACAGUAUGUGAUUGGACUGAAUUCAGUGACCCGACAUCUCGAGAAGAAUUUACUGAGUUUGGUGCUGGUCUGUGGAUCAGCACAUCCAAAACAUAUGACAAGACACAUCGCAGAGCUCAGUGCCAUUCGUGGCUGUCCUGCUGUAUCGUUGAAGAAUUUAGGAUCAACUUUGGCCUCUUCUCUCAAUAUCAAAUCCUGUAUAACUAUUGGAUUCAAGAAAUCAACUGAUGGUAAAUGUUUCUUCAAGGAUUUUAUUUCCUCAGUGAAAGCACCAGAAAUUCACCUACCGUUUAUGACCAACUAUGUGGCUCAGCAUUCAAAUGUACUGACAGAAGUGAAUGCCAAUAAUACAAGUGUCUCUCUGCCUGAAGUCCAACAUGGUAAUUUGAAAUCUUCAUCUAAGGGUUCGAUCACUAAAGAUGAGUCCAUGGAGUUGUGUCCAGCUUCAUCUCCUCCACCAUCUCAGACUUCUAGUACUGCUGCCAAAGAUGGAUUUUCUCGCUUCUAUGUGAGAACGUCUGUAAAAGAGUCAGUAAAAAGCUCCAAACAGAAGGCUUUUGAUCCUAGCCUUAAUUUCAUUUUUCUUGGAGAUGAUGAUGACGACGAUGAUGAUGAUGAAGCUGAUGACAAAGAAUCAUUACAGAUGAUGCUUUGUUUCCGGAACCGAGACAGCAAUAUUAAAAACACAAAAUGGGACGAAAUUUUUUUGCCAAAAUUUAUGCCUGAUCAUUUAUGGAACAAAUGUGAUGUGAGCACCAAGAAAGAUGAAGUGGAAAAGCUCCAGGCCGCAAAGGAUAAGAAGAAGAUAAAGAAGGAACUGAGUAAAAAGGAUAAGAUGGUAAAGAAGAAGAAACUUAGUAAGGAUAUCACAAAAAAAGGACAGUCUCCAAUAGAGUACAAGGACACUAACAUUCGACGGAUUAAAGGGAACAGUGACCGGAAGAAAAGUAAAAAAGUCUCUAAAAAAACUCUUGCAAUUGGUACAGACUGUAAAACAGACGGAAAAAACAAAGAAAAAUAAAGAUACCAAACUAAUAAACGAUGAUGAUACUCUUUUA